AUGUCGCGCUCGUCAACCAAGUCCGCCUACAUCCAGACCGACACGGGAAACCUCGUCUCGCGGUCCUGCGUCAUCUGCGGGUCGUCCAACAUCGUCCUCGGCGGCAAGUCGAUCCUCCAGCCUGGCUGCAUCCUGCGAGGCGACUUGAGGCGGGCGGGUGCGGGCGCGACGGCGGCGGGAGGUAGGGAGGCUGCGACGGUUGCGAUUGCUAUGGGCAAGUACUGCAACGUUGGCGAGGGAACAGUCCUGCGGCCGUGCUACAAAACCUACAAGGGCGUCUUCUCCUACUACCCGAUGAAGAUUGGCGACUACGUUACGAUCGGCGCAAACAGCGUCGUCGAGGCAGCGAGCAUCGGGAACGGCGUCGAGAUUGGCAAAGGGUGCAUCAUUGGUCCUCUCGCCAUCCUCAAGGACUUCUGCCGGAUCGCAGACGGAGCAGUAGUCGGAGCAGGGACGAUCGUGCCGAGCUUGACAGAGUGGGCGGGAAGUCCAGCUCGCCCGGUCGGCCAGCUACCUGAAUCGACGCCGGAAGUCGUCGAGGCAAAGGCAAGAGCGGCGAGGGCGCAGUUUCAGCCGGAUUGA